UUGAUUAGGACAUAAUAUAUAUUAGCACUAACGGCUAUUGUUUAGCAUUGACCUAGAAAGCAACGCGGCGAGGAAAACAAGGACUCUCGAAUCCUCAGGUAAAAUGAAGUUUUUAUUGGCCCUCGCAUUUUUGACUGUGGUAUGCGCAAUACCUCGUCCAGAAAGACUUCCGGCAAGAAUUGAAGAGGUUGAGCAAUUGCAACCGUCCCAAGGAUCGGGAGAUAGCGAUAGCCAAGUGAGCAAUGGGAUACGUGAGUCUCCUCUAGAACAGCUCGGAAAUUCUGAUGAAUCUGAUGAAGCAGAAGAAAAUGAUGAUGAUGAAGACGAUUCUGAUGAAAAAUUAGCAAUGACAAUAGUAAAUGCUCUCAGUAGCAUUAGGGAGGCACUCAGAAAGAAAAUUCAAGAAAAGUUAGACCAAAACAAGACAACGAGAGUUCCUGCAAACGAAGACAGCCUUGAUAACACUGCCGUUGCUCCACAACACAACGACACUGAGAGUGAAGGACCCAGUUCAGACCACAUUGGUCUUCCUCAAAACAAUAUUGCUGUUACUGCAGGCAAUGACACUGCUUCUGAUCACAACCCAAGAAUUAAUGUUACACUCAUCAAAAAAGAAUUUCAUGACAAAAUUGAAAACCUUAUUUCAAACAUUUUACGUCCAUGGCUGGGCAAUAACAGUGUAGAAGACGAUGGUGGAAAUGCCACCGCUGUGGAACCUCCCCAACGUCCUAAUAAAACAAUUGACAAUGGUAGUGGAUCCCUAGAUGGAAGAGUUGAAAAUGAUACAGCAACUGUUGCCCCCUCCAAAGGAAACGAUACUGUGCCUCGACAAAAUGAUGUUGUUUCAAAUGACACUGAAAUUGAAGCUUCUAAUGGGAAGACUCCAGUUAAUGGUUCCUCCGCCAGUGGUAAUGAAUUAAGCACAAUUGCGCCUGCUAUCUCUCGUUCAGAGCCCAUAAUCAGCAGUGAAGUGCCGCAAGUAAGUAGCAAGUUGGCAUCGCAGAGCCAAGUAAGAUUUGUGAAUACCUACAGCAGAGAAUGAAACCAACAGCCAAAACAUUAAAUAAAAAUCCUUUUUGUAAUCGUCAUUACUAACUUUGAUGCGGAAUUAUAAUGAUAAAACUAAAUAUUCAGA